GUCAUUAGUUUGUAACUUGUAAUAUAUAUUAAAUUCUAUAAAUAUGGAUAUCACAAUAACUAGACACUAUAGUCUUGAUGAAUCGUCAAUGAGAAGCGGGGCGUUAGCGGCGAUGGAGGCGGAGCCCGACCUCAGCACCUUCGAGAACAAGUCAGGCCUGGCUGAGGACAUGAAGUUCCUCGCCUCGAUGCCGGAGUUGUGUGACGUCACGUUCCUCGUAGGAGAUACCAGAGAGCCCGUGUGUGCGGUGAAAGCCGUGCUGGCUGCUCGUAGCAGAGUGUUCCAAAAAAUGCUUUAUCAAGCACCAAGCCCCCAAAGAAAAAAGGAACCUGCUCCACGUGAAAACAAGUUGCGGCUAUUCCUGAAACGUUCAUCCGAGCCCUUACUCAAUCUUCAAAAUGCCGCACAACAGAGAUCGACUUUCGCGCAGCAAUUGGCACCGAUACAAGAGCCAUCUUCGCAACAACAUCAAACUCUUAUCAUAGAAGAGUUUGAACCGGACGUUUUCCGUCAACUAAUCGAGUACAUCCAUACUGGUUGUGUUACACUUCAGCCAAGAACAUUAUUGGGUGUGAUGAACGCAGCAGACUACUAUGGCCUCGAUGAACUCCGCCGCGCAUGCGCCGGCUUUGUACAAUGUUGUAUCACUGUUGAUACCGUUUGCGCACUUCUAGCAUCCGCUGAGCGAUACAUUCAAUACAAGUGCACAAAGUCCCUAGUACAGAAGGUGUUAGAGUUUGUUGACGAACAUGGCAAUGAGGUGUUGAACUUAGGAUCAUUCACUUUGUUACCACAACACGUCGUGAGACUAAUUCUAGCAAGAGAUGAGCUUAGAGCUGACGAGUUUACAAAGUUCCAGGCGGCACUGAUGUGGAGCAAAAAGUACUGCGACACCAACCCCAACAUGUCACUUAAAGAUGUCAUCGGUAACUUUUUGGAGUACAUUCAGUUCCACAAGAUCCCUGCCAAUGUACUAAUGAGGGAGGUCCACCCGCUGGGCUUGGUGCCAUACUCCAUUAUUAUGAACGCCCUAGCGUAUCAGGCAGACCCGGCCAGCAUAGAUCCAGGAAAGCUGUCCCCGGCACGAGUACGCCGCGCUGGCCGUUCUAUGUCCGUGCAAUCUUCACUCGACCCCUAUGGGUCCAACACAACCCUCUCCUCCACCGGCUCGAGCGAUGUUCCGUCUUCGGACUCUCGACACAACUAACGCGAGGGGAACUUCCCCUAUCCUAUAUCCGAACCCGUCCCCGGCCCCUCCACCGCCCCUGUCGCUCCUCUUUCCGCUCCAGAUAAACCAGUAGAUAAACCUGACAAGCAGCCAGAGAAACUCGGGCUCUUCUCGUCUAUUAAACGAGCUGCCAGUAAAAAGUUUGGUGACCGUCGCUCUCCAACACCAAAAAUUAGAGAACCGCGAUCAAAGUCUGAUAGUAUAAAACAUGCAGCCCUUACUAGACAAAUUUCUGAAACAGUAGCUGCAUCGGGAGACCCGACUUUUGAACGUUGCAGACCCAGAAAACGUGAUAGCGAAACCGAAUUCCCUGUCCGUAAAUCUACUUCGGAAAUCUCCGAAAGUUUCCCAUUCGUGAGACGUGCAUUAGCUGAAAUAGAGAAUGGUUUGAAUUACUUCAGAAGAUCAGUGGCAUCGGAUGCGGGUGAGCCGAAGGCGCCAUUGGCGAGGACUGAACCAGUAGUCGUCGUUGCGGCCGCUGAAGAUGAACCACCGGCAUCUCCUCCUCCACCAAUGGGAUUAAAAGAACGUCGAGGCUCCCGUGGAUCUCCGUGCGCUAAUCUACCCCCAUUAAUGUUACCACCUACCACUCCAGAGGUAUCACCAAGUCGCUUAUCACCGAACCGACUCUCACCACAACCGAGAGAGCCACAAUCAGCACCUAUAAUAAGAGGUAACCCACCUCGUCGAUCUAGAACUCGUUCGGAAAUGCCACCCGAUCCUCCACCACGGUCCCCACAAACUCCUAGACCAGCUUCUGUCUCUCCUAAACAUACAUUUGCAUUUAAGAUCGUAUUAAAAAAAGUGGAGAGUACACCGAAUACCUCCUUCGACCGGCCGGACCAAUGAGAGUACCUCCUCUAAGCGCGAUCGCAGUAAUGCGAUGGAGUACUCGAGGUCAAUCGCGCUUUUCUCCGUUUUCUAGAAAAUGCUAGUAUAGUUUAGAUAGCAAUGAACAGUAUUGAGGUUUGUCAGAGAGAAAAUGUACUUGAAACAUGACGCUUCAAAAACUUCUUUGGAUUCUUAUGAAUUCAGGGGCUGGUCCCCUGUUUGAUGUUUUUCGGCAUGAAUGUCGUUGUAAAAGUAAUGAUAAUAAUAUACAAUGUGUGAAGCAUGAUGUAUGUAUAAAUAAUUCAUAUAUUUGUUACGUGCAUAAACGAGAAUAUACAUUAAUUAAGAAUAUAUAUAUAUAUGUUCGUAAAAGUUGGACCUAUUCAUGACACUUGUAUGAAAGUUAAUAUUUUGUGAAGUGUUCCAGCUUAUAAAAAUUGUUCAUAUUGCUUAAACUUUCGGAGAGCAGAUGCGAAUGAAAGUUUACAGCAAUGUAAUAUAACUUAUAAAUAAAAAACAUCUACUUUAUACAUAGGAUCCCAACUAUGAAUGUGCCUGUAUCUAACAUAAUCCUCUAUUCUAACCGUUACCUUGUUACGUCUUACCAUUUAGUGUAUAUACUGUGCGUACUUUUUUACGAUCAAUAUCCAAAUAAUGGACAGUCUAUCUAAAUGUAUUUUCGAUGUUAUACAAAAUUGUCUAACGUGAAAGUAUUUUUGUAAUGUUGUAUAUUAUAAUGAGAAAAUGAAUUCAAUAGCAUCGCUAUGUAACGUGCAUUAACAUAGCUUUCUUUUGUGUGCGUAGUAGAAAUAUUUAUUAUAUUACUCUUUUCUUUCCUGCUGUAAUGACUCAACU